GUAGUGAUCAGAGUGGAAAGAGGGAGAGACAGAGGCAGGAAGCAAAGGGGCCGAGGGAGGGAGAGAGAGGGAUUGAGACAGAGAAAAAUUGAGGGAGGGAAGGAGGCAGCAAGAUUGAAGGAAUGAGGGCGAGAGAGAUUGGAGGAGAGUGUGUGUGAGGGAGAGAUUAAGGGGAAGGGAAGGGGGUGGUGAUUGAGGGAGAGAUUGAAAGGAAGAAAGGAUUGGGGGAGAGGAAGCUGAUGGCCAGGCUCUUGAGAGAGUGAGUGAGAGGCAGGAGGAGGGAGUCCAGGGGAAUCUAGUUGUAACCAGAGAGAGAGAGGGGAGGGGGCUGAGAAUGAAGGAGUUGCAGCAGGGGCUGGGAGCUGGAGGGUGAGCGUUCAGCAGGAGACAGGGGGAGAGAGAGAGAGAGAGCAAUUUAAUUCCUGGAGAAUGAGCCAGAGCGGGACGCUGCAUUUGGAUGGUCACUGGGUGGAAUAUUAACCUCUCUCCCCACUUUCCCCUUCCUCACUGUGUCCCUGCUCUGCCUCCCACAAGCUACGGCUCUCCCCGUUUUCCCUGUUGUUGUGUGAAAAGUUUGCGAAGUGGAGACGGGAGCGAGUGCCGAGCCCCCGAGCCCGGCUCAGCCCCAGAGCAGCUGUCCCCGGGCGGCGGAGAGUGAGAGCCGCGGCCGCUUCCCCGGCGCUGGGCGGCGGCUCCGCAGGAUGGCUCGGCUCGCUGGCGAACUGCUGCUGCUGCUCGGGCUUCUCAUCCUCACCAUCCACAUCACAGUGCUCAGGAGCAUUCCCCUCGCUCAACAGGCUGACAACAGCACCGCACAGAAUAGUGUUAAUAUGGGAAAGUCCUCAUCCACGAGUGCAGCUCGGACUGCUGAUUCAGUGAGAGAGUACGAGGGGAAGGCUGACGCUUCUCAGUACCAGACAGAACAGAAAACAUUUCCAAAGCCCCAGACUCAACAGGAGGAGGAACAUGCACCCUUCCAGAGAGAUGGACCCAGGACAUUCCUCUUAGAUCUGGAGAACUUCCCUGAUCUGUCCAAAGUGGAUAUCAAUGGGCAGAACCCCAACAUACAGGUCACGAUUGAGGUGGUUGAUGGGACGGAAAUUGAGGCCGAAAGAGAUUUGCGCAGGGUGACCAAGCCAAGCUGGCCUGUGCCAUCGUCCGACUGGAGGAACUGGUGGCAGAAAUCAUCGGCGAACGCGGCUCGCGGCAACGGCGACCACCAGGAAAGCAGCCGGGCCAGCGAGAACAGCAAUUUUCUGAACCCUGUGGACAGCUGGGAUAGAAGUACAGUUACCCAGCGCAGGUGGCAGUCCAAGGGACAGGCGGAGUAUGAUUACACAGAUGGAGAAGGUGACUGGAGCCCGUGGUCGCUCUGCAGCGUAACCUGUGGCAGUGGCAGCCAAAAGCGUACCCGGUCCUGUGGCUACGCCUGUACUGCCACUGAAUCAAGGUCAUGCGACAUGCUAAACUGUCCUGGAAUUGAAGACACUUUCAAGACUGCAGCCACAGAAAUGAGCCUAAUGGCAGGAGGUGAAGAUAUAAAUGCCACAGAGCUAUUUGGCCUGGAUACCGACAGCUGCGAGAGGUGGAUGAACUGCAAGAGCGAAUUCUUGAAGAAGUACAUGCACAAGGUUGUGAACGACCUCCCGAGCUGCCCCUGCUCCUACCCGACAGAGAUUGCCUACAGCACAACUGAUAUCUUCGAUCGCCCCAAACAGAAGGACUUUCGCUGGAAGGACGCGAGCGGACCCAAGGAGCGCCUGGAGAUCUACAAGCCGACGGCACGCUAUUGCAUCCGCUCCAUGCUGUCCCUGGAAAGCACGACACUGGCAGCUCAGCACUGCUGCUAUGAUGAGAACAUGCAACUGAUCACCAGGGGUAAGGGUGGAGGGACCCCUAACCUCAUCAGCACUGAGUUCUCAGCAGACCUACAUUAUAAAGUGGACAUUCUGCCAUGGAUCAUUUGCAAAGGGGAUUGGAGCCGGUACAAUGAGGUCAGACCCCCAAACAAUGGUCUGAAAUGUACAGAUAACCCUUCUGAUGAUGUGUACGAGAGGCAGUUCCGAGAAGCCCGGGAGUAUUAAAAGUCUGGCUGCGAUUAAUAGACUGAAUGCUCACUUUCUGGAGGAAGUGGGUUUGUUUCUAUGUGUGGCCAGGCAUUCAGUGCCCUGGAGAUGUGCACCCAAAGCAUUCAAAACACCGCAGAACAGAGUUCAGUCACUUGGCACCUUGUUGAUGCUUCAUUUUUGCCUGCCCUAAACGUCUGAAGACCGUUUUUCUCCUUUUCCUUUGAGCAGCAGCAGCAGGCUUAUAGUUCAAAGGGAACACUGUGCCCAUUUUGAAAACAGUUAAAGGGAAACAAAUUUGUUUAAUCUAAUUCCAUUGGAGGGACCGGGGAGAGGGUGUGUGUGUGAGUGAGAGAGAGAGAUGAGACAACCCACAGCAUUCAAAGCAUUCUGUGGAUUGGAGGCAUUUUCAGUGAAUUCGACCAUAAGCAAAGGAAGUGGCACUUUUAAAGAGUUUUGUCUCUCUCCCUAUGUCUUUCAUGUGCUCUUGAGACUUCUUAAGAGCCAGUUUAUAAACUAUUAAUUGUACUGAAAUCAAAGUGUUACAGAGAAUCUCACUUUAAGUUGUGACAGAGAAUUUUCUCAUUGAAACCUCUUUUAAAAAAUGUUCUUAAGAUUUUUUUAAAAAUCUGCUUUAUCAUUGUAUAGUAUUUAUUGAGCUGCAGUUUAACAGGCACUCAUGCUCACACACACUCACACACUGUCACAUACAUGCAAACACUCUCACUCGCACUCUUGCACAUAGACACACUCUCAAACAUACUUACACACAUUCACACAUGCACUCACUCACACAUACAUGUACUGUUACACACACACUCUCACUCUCUCUCUCUCUCAAACGCAUACACACACACACAAGCGCACGCAAACACACACACACACACACACACACACACAUUCUGUCUCUCUUUCUCUCUCACACACACACGCACACACACACACACACACACAAACUCCCUCGUGCACACACAGACUCUCUGACACACGCACACUCUCACAUCCAUAUCGAUACACACACACAGAUACACACUCACUCUCUCCCUCUCUCUCACACCGAGAUAUACACACCAACACACAGAUACAGUCACACAGAUGCUCACAGACUCUCUCUCUCUCACACUACACACACACACACCUACAGGCUCUCUCACGCCCACACAGACUGUCUGACACUCACACAGUCUCUCUCUCAUACACACACAGACUCAUGUACACACACGCACGCACGCACACACACACACACACACACACACACACACACACACA